AUGAAGAAAUGUGGAUUCUUGUCUAGCUCCUACGAGGUGUUUUUUGCCAAUACGCAGUGGACCUGGAAACGAGACGGCGCAAUGACAAGUAACCUCAAGCUUGUCGAUCAGAGGGACCAGACCCUGGCAACGUUUGAUAAUGCCUCGUGGUCGCUCAAGAAGCUGGGUACGUUAACAAUCUGGGGAGAGCCACCACUGCAUGUACUCGACGCUAUCAUUGUAUCGGGAUUGGGAAGGAUUGAAUAUCAGAGGAGGGCGCAAAAGACGCAUUCAGGGGCGAUUCUUGCACAGGCCAGUUGA